GAGACACGCCUCCCAGAAGCACGCGGAUCCGCGCUCUUGCGCUCAUUCCGCUCCUUAAGCGGAUCUGCACGCUGUCUUCAUUAACCUAAAGACAAACCCGGUAUUAUGUGGGAUUUAUGAACCGAUCAUCAUAAGGAAGCAGUUCACGGCUAGAUUGGAUUGAUUGGACUGAUUUGACCUCUACGUCCUCUUUGCUGUACGAUGCUUUACUUCCAGCUGGUCAUCAUGGCAGGGACGGUCAUGCUGGCGUAUUACUUUGAGUACACGGACACGUUCAACGUACACGUGCAGGGCUUUUUCUGCCACGACAGCGCGUACACGAAGCCGUACCUCGGACCGGAAGAGUCGAGCGCGGUUCCGCCGGUGCUUCUGUACGCGGUGGUAUCCGGUGUGCCCGCGCUGGUGAUCACAGGAACCGAGUCUGUGCUCUUCCUGCUGCAGUAUAUCUCUGAAGAUCUGGACAACAGGGAGAAGAUUAUAGUGAUGGGCGACUGCUGUUACCUUAACCCCCUUGUGCGCAGGACAUUCCGCUUUCUUGGUGUGUAUGCGUUUGGCCUCUUCGCCACAGAUAUCUUUGUGAAUGCAGGUCAGGUGGUGACGGGGAGUCUGUCCCCUUACUUCCUGACUGUGUGUAAACCCAACUACACGGCUCUGGGAUGCCAGCAGGGUGUCCGCUUCAUCAGCCAAAAGGAAGCAUGCACGGGGAAUGGCGACGACAUUCUGCAUGCUCGCAAAUCCUUUCCUUCCAAAGAGGCCGCUCUCAGUGUCUACGCUGCACUUUACAUUGCUAUGUACAUUACAUGCUCAGUGAAGUCCAAAGGCACACGUCUGGCCAAGCCUGUUGUCUCUCUGAGCCUAAUAUGCCUGGCUUUCCUGACCGGAAUAAACCGUGUGGUGGAGUAUCGGAAUCACUGGAAUGACGUCAUUGCUGGCUUCAUCAUCGGGGCGGCCAUCGCUAUCUUCAUGGUGGUUUGCGUAGUGAAGAACUUCAAAGGAAAAUCUCUACUGAAUGAGAUACCGCCUGAGGAGAAUGUUUCCAGCACUCCCAUGCUUGGAGAGCCCAAGAUGGAGAAAUACAUUGUCUCACAGAGUCCUAUUACCUACGCUGAGGUCACAUGACGGCAACAGCAUGAGAACGUCCCAAAAUUCGAGGAAAACGCUGCAGCUCUUCUUGACAAACCAGUGCGAUGUUAUUUUUGAAGGAUUUUUUUUUUACCAUAAAUUACUGCAGCACUUAGUAUAAACCCAGAUUUUCCUUGUCUUGUUCUUUUACCAAAUGUAGUGCAUAUUCCUAUUUUUAUAAAGAUGACCAGUUUGUAUCAGCGUCCUUACAGCAUCAGGAAGUAAUGUUGCAAAGCGACAGAAUAUGUAGUGAAUUUUUGUGAAUUAUGUGUAGUCUUACUGAAAACUUUUUGACAUCAGUAUAUGUGUUAAUAGAUUGUGUGUUACAUUACAUCUGUGAAUUAGUUUACGAUUGUAUGAUCCAUGGAUUAAUUUUACUGUCCAUAAAUAGAUGAGUUAAUCAGUGAUGUACAUAAGUAAACCAUUGUCUGAGCAAUACUUAAAUUCUUUUCAGUCUGUCCAUUGUGGGCUGUUGUUAUUUGUCACAUUAUUAGUGUUCGUGAUGACUGAUAAAAUGUUUUGUUGUUGAUUGUCUUUAAACAAAUGUUACAUAAGGAAUAAAACAUGAUGGGAUGUGCUGUUAUAGGAAAAUAAUCAAUGAAAGGGGGUGUGAUGCGGCUCAUUGUGAAGCAGUUAGUCACUGUUAACACCUCAAGUUUUCCAAACAAAGUGGGUCUUAAAGUGUUUUAUUCCUUUUAUACUACAUCAGAUUGCCAAAUAUAUAUUUUUUUAUUAAUUUAAUGUACAACACAUCGUACAUUUUAUCUGGUCAUUGUUCAAUUUAAUGUUAUGGGAUGUCUGUGAAACAAGUU